GAGUGGGCGUAUCUUUGUCAUUCGACGGUUUGGUGGAUACGGGAACUCCAGUGAGAUUACACAAGUGAAGCAGGAGACACAGCACACAUCGCCGGCCUGUCAUGACGCUAAACUCCGCUAAACUUCUAAAUGGAGAUACCUUCCACCGGACGAAACAAGACAAGAAAGCUGUCGGAAAUGGGUUCGUGAAAAACCAUUGCUUAUUUCAGCAGCAGCAGAAGAGAUACCGCCGCCCGGCGGAGAAGAACCAUCAUGCUUCAUGCACUUCACCGCUUUACAACAAGCAAUUUGUGGAGUCGUUUGAGGAGACGCCACUACUGGUGGCCGUCCUCACUUACAUGGGCUACGGCAUCCUUACCAUUUUUGGCUAUCUGCGAGAUUUCCUGAGGGACUGGAAGUUCGAGAAGUGUCAUCUGGCCAGAGAGAGAGAACAGCAGAAGGAUUUUGUUCCACUGUACCAGGACUUUGAGAACUUCUACACCAGGAAUCUAUACAUGAGGAUUAGAGAUAACUGGAACAGGCCCAUAUGCAGUGUCCCUGGAGCCAAGAUGGACCUGAUGGAGCGGGUCACACCUGACUACAACUGGACCUUUGAACACACAGGGAAGGUUCUGAAGGAUGUUAUUAAUAUGGGCUCGUAUAACUACCUGGGCUUUGCUGAAAAUUCCGGCACAUGUGCUGAUGCUGCUUCUGAGUGCACUGUGAAAUAUGGCGUGGGGGUGAGCAGCACCAGGCAGGAGCUAGGAAAUCUUGACAAGCAUGAUGAGCUGGAGAAGCUGGUGGCCAGGUUUUUAGGGGUGGAGUCAUCCAUGGUGUUUGGAAUGGGCUUUGCUACAAACUCCAUGAAUAUUCCUGCACUCACAGGAAAAGGCUGUCUGGUCUUAAGUGAUGAGCUCAAUCAUACCUCUCUGGUUCUGGGUGCCCGUCUCUCUGGCUCUACCAUCCGCGUAUUCAAACACAACAAUAUGCAAAGUCUGGAGAAGUUGCUUCGGGAUGCUAUUGUGCAUGGCCAACCUCGAACACACCGGCCCUGGAAGAAGAUCCUCAUCCUUGUUGAGGGAAUUUACAGCAUGGAGGGCUCAAUUGUGCGACUUCCUGAGGUCAUUGCCCUAAAGAAAAAGUACAAAGCUUACCUUUACCUGGAUGAGGCCCACAGUAUUGGGGCACUAGGACCAAGAGGCAGAGGUGUGGUCGACUACUUUGGCCUGGAUCCAUCUGACGUUGACAUCAUGAUGGGCACUUUCACCAAGAGCUUUGGUGCUGCUGGAGGGUACAUCGGAGGAAAGAAGGAGCUGAUCGAUUACCUCCGUUUACACUCUCACAGUGCAGUUUAUGCUACCUCAAUGUCCCCACCAGUCACCCAGCAGAUUAUCACUUCUAUGAAGUGCAUUAUGGGAGAGGAUGGCACCACAUUAGGUCAGGAAAGACUUUGUCAGUUGUCAGAAAACACAACCUACUUUCGCAGGAGAUUACAUGAGAUGGGCUUUAUCAUCUAUGGGAACAAUGACUCCCCUGUUGUACCCUUGAUGCUUUACAUGCCAGCUAAAAUCGGAGCAUUUGGGCGGGAGAUGCUGAAGAGGAACAUUGGGACAGUGGUGGUUGGGUUCCCCGCCACACCCAUCAUUGAAUCCCGAGCACGCUUCUGUGUUUCUGCCGCCCACACGAGAGAGAUGCUCGACACAGCUUUAAAUGCCAUCAGUGAAGUUGGGGAUCUUCUCCAGCUGAAAUACUCAAGAAAAAACAGGCCCGGGAGUGAAGGAACUGACUGUUUUUCAUAUCUGGAGAGCCACCAGGACUAGCACUUUCUCACGAUGGUCUGAUUGUGUCUUUCUUCCACCCCAGAGCCACAUAUUUUUCCUGUUUGUCUGUUUCAUGUCUAACUUAUUCAGCAUUUUCAUGUUGAUUCAUUUCAGUGGACACUCAUUGAAGCCCACUAAUUGACCAAAUUUCAAGUCUUACCUCUGGGUUCAGUAAAGAAUAUUCAUUUCAUUGUGCAAUAUCAACUUUAUAGAGACUUGACGUCCCUGUGUUCAGCAUCAGAAAUGACCCAGGAUAAAAAGUGAAUGCUUUGGUGUCGGGACUAACAUAUAUGUGCAUUAGCAUUUUGAUCAAACUUCAACACAGUAUAAAAACACAUCAGAGUAUACAAAAUCAUUUUCUGAUAUUUUAUAAAAAAUAUUAUCAGCGUUUUUGUCUUGUUUGCCAUUAAAAAUAUCUAAAACAAGUAGAUAUUACUUGAAUUAAAGAUAUUACUCAGAAUUAAAGAUAAAUAUAUAUAUAUAUUCUCCAUUGGCAUAUUGUUUUUUUUCCUGUGUAAAGAAAAAAUGUGUAAGAUUUUUAAACUUAAUUCGAGACAUGAAUAUUAUCUGAAAAGUUUUGAUUUAAAUUAGACUUUAAUAAAAGGAAAAUUAACUAUAAUGCUAGAAAACAAGACAGAAAUCCUGAUUAUGAAAAUGACUUUUGCAGUGUACAGAAAAACAGCGACCAAAAAAUUAAACAGAAAUGACACCUUUUAUGUAUGAGGUGUUUUUCUACAUCUGUCAUCAUUUAAUGAGAAAUAAGCUUUAAAAUUAUAUAUAAACAUGAGAAAUCUACUUCAGAAGGAGAGAAUUUAUUAUAGCUAAACAGUAGAUAAGAAUGUGACUUUUCAUAUCCAUAUAAAUAUAUCUAUAAAAAUAUUGACACAUAUUUAUUAAUACAUUGCAGUGUAUCUGCAUUUAUCAUAUCAUACUAACUUUGGUCUUUUUGGUCUCCAAAUCUUAAUCUUUUUCAAAAUGCUAAUUUCAUUGCAUAGGUGACUUAAGCAAUGUCUUAAUGAACUUACACAGAGGAAUACUAACAUUCUCUGUUUAGUUUUUAUCAAAGCUUUCUAUUAUGGAAAACUAUGAUGUUUUAUCUUAAUUUGAGUUGUGGUACUUUCUACAAAUAGGGUACAGUUUCGUGUCCCUUAUCUGUAUCCUCCUAAUUUGCCCCCUAGUUUUGAUUUAACCAAUUAUUGAGAACAUAUUUUUGGGAACAUAUUUUUAACAUAUAACAUGGCCACGAUUUACUAAAAACAGAGAACAAUUUAUUAUAUCGUUUGCAUGAUUUACUGGGAACGAAAUGGUAAAAUGUGCUGACAUGGGAACAAAUUGUUCAUUUGUAGACACAAUUUACAUAUUUUUUUCCCACAAUUUGUGUGGGGCUUCAUAGCUUCUAGAGAGAUUUUUUUUUUUAUA